AUGGCACCUAGCACACAACUAUACGAACAGCCUUUCUACUCCCAAAUCAGCCCAUCCAAGUCAAUUGACUCGAACAUCCUGCGAGAAGCUUUCGUGCUCCACGGACAUUCCUUCCCUGACAAUCCAAAGCUGAACCUCAAAGUCACCGCCAAUCGUUACAGAUGGAGUGCUUACCGCCACAGUUAUCCAAAUGACCGGCUUGAUGAAGGACUGACUUUGCUACUGUUCCAUGCUAUUGGGUGUCACAAAGAACAGUGGGAACCCGUCAUCACACGCCUUUUCCAUCUUUCCGAGUCAACAAAGCACGAGAACAUUCGGGAAGUAUGGGCAUUCGACAGGGAGAAUCACGGGGAUGCCGCUUUGUUGAAUCGAGAAGCGCUGAAGUUAUGGCCUGCUUGUCUUCCAAUUAACGAAUGGGCUCUCACCGUUGCAGACUUGGUUAAAUCCAAACUCCAGGGUCACCGUUUAGUCGCUAUCGGUCAUUCGGCGGGGGCGGGAGUUGCGAUGUUGACAACUAAAUACGCCUAUGACGCACAUGUUCAUUUUACUUCCACUAUACUCAUUGAACCUACCAUCUGCACUCGACAAAUCUUUCAAGAGACUUACGAUGAACGGAUAGCUGGAAUUCGAAUGACCGAGGAACUUACCCUUCGGAGACGCGACGUAUGGGCGAGUAGAGAAGAUGCUUAUGCUUAUUUGAAGAAACGCAACCCGUGGUCGGCAUGGGAUGACAGAGUGCUAAGGUUGUAUACGAAGCACGGGAUGCGUUCCACAGGAUCGAAGGGGGAAGUCACCUUAAAAUGUUCAAGGCUCUUGGAAAGCGCUAUUUACGCUGAUAUAGAGGGACAACAAGAAAGCGCGGAAAUAUUUGAGGAGCUUUGUGAGGAAAUUCCAAUACAUGUUGUAUGGGGUGGUAUACAUGAUUUCUCCUCGUUCUCCCCACAACUUAAGAAAGAUCUUCUCAACCCUAACUCGGGACGAAUCGCGGCUUCCGUAACGGUUGUCCCUAAUGCGGGGCAUAUGGUACCUCUCCAGCAACCUAUUAGUCUCGCAGACACCGUGAGCAGGUUACUGAACAACCUUUCCGUUCCCUAUACCAACAACAUUCACAAGUUCGCAGUUAAACUGUGA